GGUAAAUCUAAGAUGGCGGCCGUCGGCGCUGCGGCCGGGGCAGCUGGUGGCUCCGGCGCCGCCACCGCGGCCUCUUCCUCCGCAACGGCGACGACGACGGCGCCUCCGCCCCCGCCAGCCUCUUCCUCCUCGGUGUCCGCGACCACGGCUCCUUCAUCGUCGUCCGCGGCGGCGCCUCAGCCUCCAUCGGGCGGGCCGCCCGGCGGGGCUGAGGCGGCGGCAGGAGGAGGCGGAGACGGCAAUGGCGGCGGCGGCGGCUCGUCGUCAUCCUCGGCCUCUUCUUCUGCGGCCGGAGGCCCUCCGUCGUCGUCGUCUCCCGCGGCCGCUGCGGCAUCUUCGUCGUCGGGCGGCUCCUCGGAGUCGUGGUACGUGGCGCUGCUGGGCCUGGCGGAGCACUUCCGCACGUCCAGCCCGCCCAAGGUGCGCCUCUGCGUGCACUGCCUGCAGGCCGUGCUGCCCAGGAAGCCGCCGGCGCGCGUCGAGGCCCGGACCCACCUGCAGCUUGGCUCCGUCCUUUACCACCACACGCGGAACGGCGAGCAGGCGCGCAGCCACCUCGAGAAGGCGUGGCUGAUAUCGCAGCAAAUUCCGCAGUUUGAGGAUGUCAAAUUUGAAGCUGCCAGCUUGCUGUCGGAGCUGUAUUGUCAAGAGAACUCUGUUGACACUGCAAAACCCCUGCUUCGUAAAGCCAUCCAGAUUUCACAGCAGACUCCAUACUGGCACUGCCGCCUCCUCUUCCAGCUGGCGCAACUUCACACGCUUGAAAAAGAUUUGGUGUCUGCUUGUGACCUCCUGGGGGUUGGAGCAGAAUACGCCCGUGUGGUAGGGUCGGAAUAUACAAGAGCCCUGUUUCUGCUAAGCAAAGGCAUGCUGCUCCUUAUGGAGAGGAAGUUACAAGAGGUGCAUCCACUGCUUACGUUGUGCGGGCAGAUAGUGGAGAACUGGCAGGGGAACCCCAUCCAGAAGGAGUCUCUGCGAGUCUUCUUCUUGGUGCUGCAAGUGACACAUUACCUGGAUGCUGGUCAGGUGAAGAGUGUCAAACCUUGCCUGAAGCAGCUCCAGCAGUGCAUCCAGACCAUCUCCACCCUCCAUGAUGAUGAGAUCCUGCCCAGCAACCCUGCUGACCUCUUCCACUGGCUGCCCAAGGAGCACAUGUGUGUGCUGGUCUACCUGGUGACGGUAAUGCACUCAAUGCAGGCCGGAUACUUGGAGAAGGCACAGAAGUACACAGACAAGGCGCUUAUGCAGCUGGAGAAACUCAAAAUGCUGGACUGCAGCCCUAUCUUGUCUUCCUUCCAAGUGAUUUUGUUGGAACACAUCAUCAUGUGCCGCCUCGUGACAGGUCACAAAGCCACAGCCCUGCAGGAGAUCUCCCAGGUUUGCCAGCUCUGCCAGCAGUCUCCUCGGCUCUUCUCAAACCACGCAGCUCAGCUCCACACUCUGCUGGGGCUAUACUGCAUUUCCGUAAACUGCAUGGACAACGCAGAAGCUCAGUUCACCACAGCACUCAGGCUCACCACCCAUCAGGAAUUGUGGGCUUUCAUUGUGACUAACCUGGCAAGCGUCUACAUCAGGGAGGGGAACCGGCAUCAAGAGCUUUACAGUUUAUUGGAAAGGAUAAAUCCAGAUCACAACUUCCCUGUGAGCUCCCACUGCCUGCGAGCAGCAGCCUUCUACAUCCGAGGUCUCUUUUCCUUUUUCCAAGGGAGGUACAACGAAGCCAAGCGUUUUCUGCGGGAGACGUUGAAAAUGUCAAACGCGGAAGACCUGAAUCGGUUAACAGCCUGCUCCCUUGUCCUCCUGGGUCACAUCUUCUAUGUGUUGGGGAAUCACAGGGAGAGUAACAACAUGGUGGUUCCCGCCAUGCAGUUGGCAAGCAAGAUCCCGGACAUGUCCGUGCAGCUGUGGUCAUCGGCUCUCCUGCGGGAUCUGAACAAAGCCUGUGGGAACGCCAUUGAUGCCCACGAAGCUGCGCAGAUGCACCAGAACUUCUCUCAGCAGCUUCUCCAGGAUCAUAUUGAGGCCUGUAGUCUCCCAGAGCACAACCUCAUCACGUGGACAGACGGACCCCCACCUGUACAGUUCCAGGCACAGAACGGACCCACCACCAGUCUGGCCAGCCUGUUGUGAAAGGAGGGCGAUGUGCAGUCUUCACUUGGAGAAGAGGAGGCGACGGAGUUGGGUUUUUUAUUACGCUGAGCUUUUUUAAAACAGACAGUGGGCUGCAGAUUCCUUGCCUUGCAGGUGUUGCGUUAGGGAGGGAUACUUCACAGACUUGCAGGACAGCAGGGCCACUCUCAGCUCCUUCUUAAGGUUUCUGUGUUUUGCCUGGAUUGCAGGUGUGUGCGCGUGUCUCCAUUACACACACAAAGGCACACACAAUUGUGAGAAGGGGUUUUGAUACAUCCCUUCCCUGACCCAGAAUUAGGUUUUACGCAAUUCACAUGGACAAGUGUUCCUUCCAUUAAGCUGAUUCUUUUCAACAUAACUUUAACGACAAUUUUCUAAUGAAGGGGAAAAAACUGGUGUGGGGAAGCAGGGGAGGAAACCACCCAGCUAAUUUGAAACUGCCCGUUAUAAUGUCACAUCCUUGCAUUUUAACUGGCACACUCCCAAGUCUGUUACAUUUGUUUUCUUGAGGGAAAUCAAUUCGGUGGUCCAGUAGCCACCAGCCAACACAGACUGUGUGUUCCCUAACAGUUGACUCCUUUUGGCUUGGCAUAUAGUAGAAAGAACUGUGCAUAGAAGCAAAGCGAAAAUCGAGUGUGGGGCACUUCAGGGAACACUUGUUCCAUGUUCUUGGGGACGGGAGGCUUGGACAGUUCAUAAGGGAGAGCAGAUCACAACUACUACUGAAUCUGCUGGGUCGGCUGCCCCUCCCCCCCCGAGAAAUCAAGAGGCUUUCCUGUGUUGGGAUAAAAGCCUGCCUUGCCCUGCUCUGGCUAGCAAAACAGGAAUAUUUUAUGCAAAGUACUAAAACUAAUUAUGCAGUGGUGAUCAAUUUGCAUAAUUUAAUCAUGUUGCAGAAUCCUGCUUUUCUUGGUGCAGAACUUCUGCUUUUUAGCACAGGGACACAGUGCUACUUUUAGUGUGCGUGUGUGGGUUUUUGUUUUUAAAAAGGAAAUAUUUCCUGCAACCAGAUUAACUUGAGCAUUCAAUCAUGGAUUUUUCAAAUCAAGAAUACAGUCGUACCUCUGCUUACGUAUCCCUCCGGUUAUGUAAACUUUGGAAUACGUAAGCGGCAAACCCGGAAGUAUAUUUCUGGGUUUUUGCCACACGCGCAUGCGCAGAAGCGCUCUACUGCCGUGCGUGCGCGCGCAGAAGCAGUCUCUCCAGGUUUGAAAACCUUGGGAUCCGGCCAGGCCUCCGGAACAGAUCCCAUCCGCAACCGGAGGUACCACUGUAUUCAUAAACUGAAAAAAUGGCCUGUGUCCUCUAUCUAAUCAUGUUCUCUCAUGAGGCUGCUUCAUUCUGCUACUGAAACCUGUUGCAGACCCUCCAGGUUUUCUGGAGCUGGUUGGUGAUGUGCAAAAAAAAAAAAAAGUCCCAGCAGGGAAGUCACUUUCAGUGUCUGUAGAGGGUUUGGAAGUAAUCCCUCAAAGAAGCUGAGUGUGUUGGCUCACUAGAGCAGAUCCUCUGCUUGUCUUACCCCCUAGAAGAAAUCAUGAAUUGAAACUUCCCUUCAGCCUUGAGCUGCGUCUUUCUCAUUCUUGCAGUGACCCCCGGACCUGCUUUUUCUCUGACAGACUUGUCCUACAUUUGGGAUAGAGUGCCAGAGUUACCAAAUGUUCCAGGAAGGUGUUGAGACCAGUGAUAAUAGACCUGUUGACUUUUGCAGGGGGUGGGGGGUGUUUAGCUCAUCCUUUCCUCAGCUGCUUUUUCAGCUGAGACACAAGUCAAGCUGGAUCUGCAAACCUGACAUUUCUGCAAACGCUUUUGAAUGAUAUGGAUCUUUCAUUUGCUUGUUUGAGGGCAGCACAGAAGGAUGGCCUAUUCCCAGGACUUUCAGGCAAAGAUUAUGUUGAUUUUCCCAGACAGUUGCUCAGGGACCAGAAGUGUACACUGCCACAGAGGAUGAACUCUUCACCCUCCCUCUGCCCCCACCUCCAAGGCACCCUUUAGACACCAUCUCUAGAGUUAACAAGAGGACAGGUUGCUCAAUAUUGGCAUUAGUAUUUUUUUUAUUAAAAAAGAGAGGAAAAAGUGCUAUUAGUGACAAAUUAAGCAUGUUUUGACAAAUGUGUUUGAGAGGCAUUAAGUGGUUCUUACAACUUGGGAAAAGCACUAGGUUGAUCCUGAGAGAACUCUCCCACACUUUGGGUUAGAAACUCUCCACCCCUCUGGGAAAGACCCACGUUUAAAUUGCUUGGAGGGGUUGACUCUAUCAGGCCAUGUGUUGAGUAUGUCUGCUGUAAUACCUACGCCCCCCCUCCCCAAAGGUUUCCCAUCCACCCACCCCAUCCCAACAGACCCCUGUCUUACGACCAGGGGCCCCACCUUCCCAGAAAACCCUCAUUUGGGCCAGUUAUGUGGGCACCUUUGUAACUUUGCACAGUUGAAAGUGUGGCACCUGCCCAACUUGAUGUGAGAAAUUAUUUGCUUCGUCACUCUUAACAGUCCCCUCUCCUGCUCAUGUAAGGCUCUCUAUGAAUGAGUUCUUUUUAUGUACUUAAAAAAAAGAAAGUGCGCUUUAGUAAAUUUGUACAGUUUUGUCUUUUAGCCUUUUUCCAAAAAAGUGUUUAAUCUUUUCCUAGCGAUAACGUGCAGACAUUAAAAAAAAUGUACAGUG